AUGCCUGUGUCUUGGAGCGAUGUUCCAGUAGCUGAGUGCUAGUGCGGUCCUCGAUGGGAAAGUACAGGAAGCUUUCCAACGUGGCUCAUUCACUUUCGUAGCUUUCACAUGUUCCGUAUUUGGCAGAAAGAUAUGAAUAACCCGUUUUAAUGACUCAUUGAGUGAAUCUGUGUCUGUGGAGCCUCAACACCCCCUCUUGGUGGACCCAUAGUGAACUCGUUCCUGUGGGUGAAGAUGGCGCAGGCUCUAUCAGAAGAGGAGUUCCACCGUAUGCAGGCUCAGCUGCUGGAGCUGCGAACCCAGAACUACCAGCUGUCAGACGACCUGCGAAAGAACACUGCAGAACUCAACAAUGUCCGUCAGAAGACGCUGACCCUUGAGAAAGAAUACGUCAAAGCACAGAAGGCCCUUAAUAAGAGCAAGAAAGCUCAGGAGGUGGACGCAUUGCUGAGUGAAAAUGAGAUGCUCCAGGGUAAACUGCACAGCCAGGAGGAUGACUUCAGACUUCAGAACAGUACUCUUAUGCAAGAGCUGUCCAAGUUAUGUUCACAGAUUGAGCGCUUGGAGUUGGAGAAUCAGGGGCUGAAAGAUGGGAAAGGCCUUUCAGCUCCGGCCCCCAGCCCUGUCUCUGGACCAACAGACGGAGAACUGCUGCGUCUCCAGGCUGAGAACUCCGCCCUGCAGAAGAAAUUGGCAUCUCUUCAGGAGCGCUAUGACAACGAGCACAAUCGUUCGCGGGGAGCAGACGUUAAUGAUGGGAAAGAGGCAGUGAUCGAUGGUCGGGCGGACUCCAAUGGCAUCCACCAGUUGCAUGCUGAUGGUGGGGGGUGCUCUGGUGAUGCAAUGGCAUCUUCUCCAGCCAAUGACCGACUGGAGCGGGCCGAUGCAAAGAUUGAUGCUCUGGAGCAGAGAGCGAAUGAGCUAAGCGAAGUAGAGCUGAAGCUUCAGACAGAGAUGGAAGAGAAACGCUUACUGAAGGAGCAGCUUCAGGCACUAGAGACAUCUAAGCAGACUGAAAUCGGUAAACUUCAAGAGGAGAUUGCAAAGCUCUCUGACAAAUUGAAGAAAAAACAGGAGAGCUUUCUGCGGCUCCAGGGUGAAAAGGAGGCACUCUACAACGACAGCAGGACUAAAAUAGAGGAGAUUCAGCAGCGCAAAGAGGAGGAGCUGAAAUCCAUAAACCUGCGCGUGCAGAAACUGCAGAAUGAUUUAAUGACUGCUAACCAGAAUGUUGCUGAGCUGAAGGACCAGUUGCAGAGCAAGCAGAAAGAGCAUGAGAUGGCUCUCCUUGCACUCAAAGAUCAGGUAGCCUGUCAAAGUGCGGUCAGUCAGGAGCAGGUGGAGGGCAUGCUGAGUGAGAAUGAUGCACUCAGGACUAACCUAGCCGCCUUAGAACAGAUCCAGACAGUGAAGACUCAGGAGCUGAACCUGCUGAGGGAUCAGAACAUGGCUCUGAACGUGGAGCUGCAGCAGAGACGCACUGAGCAGGACAGUUUACUGGCACAGAAAGAUGAUCUCAGCUCCCAGCUACAGGAGGCAAACCGAGCCAGCAGUAGACUGUUAGAGCAGAUUUCUGAACUCGGCCUGGAGAAGGACAAGCUACAGCAAGAGCUAGAGGAAGCCAAAAAGACUGCAGACAAGCGCAAGGCCAUGCUGGACGAACUGGCCAUUGAGAUGGCGCAGGAGAAGUCCCGACACAAAGAGGAGCUGAGCGACCUGCGGCUCCAGCAUGAGAAGGAGGUGCUGAGUGUCCGGGCGAGAUAUGAGAAGGAGCUCCGUGGCCUCCAUGAGGAGAAAAACCGCACGGAGGAGGAGAUCCGCGCUCAGCUACGAGAUGAGAAGGCACGUACCAAAGAGCUGGAGGGUCUGCAGCAGAGUGUAGAGGAGCUCCAGGCCCAGGUGCAGUCAAUGGAGGGCACAAAGGGCUGGUUUGAACGCAGGCUCAAAGAGGCUGAGGAGACGAUGGAAAAAAACAGUCAGGAACACGCAGAGGAGAUUCAGAGACUGCAGAGAGAGCACACUCAGCAGCUCAAGGAGAAAGCAGGAGAGAUCGAGGCUGUGAAGCAGCAGAUCGUCGCCAUGGAAAAAGAGAAAGAGGAGCUAAACGGCACCAUCGCUAAGCAAAAACAGGAAAUCAGAGACACAGUGGAUGAGCAGAGAAUUCUGGAGAAGAAAGGCAGUUCAGCGCUGAAAGACUUGAAGCGUCAGCUCCAUCUGGAGCGAAAGAGAGCAGACAAACUACAGGAGAGACUGCAGGAGAUCCUGACCAACACCAAGACUAGGACAGGUCUGGAGGAGCUGGUGCUGUCUGAGAUCAGUUCUCCAAGUCGGACGCAGCAGACAGGUGACAGCAGCAGUGUCUCUUCCUUCAGCUACAGAGAGAUGAUGAAGGAAGGAGCCUCCGCGCAGACCACCAAUAAGUCAAACACCAGCAGUCCUCAGUCUCAGAGACCUGCUGAUCUUUCCGAUGAUGAGGUUGGUGAACUCUUCCAGAGACUGGCGGAGGUGCAGCAGGAGAAGUGGCUGUUGGAGGAGAAGGUGAAACAUUUGGAGGUCAGCUGCUCCUCAAUGGCUGAAGACAUCUGCAAGAAGAGUGCCAUAAUAGAGACGUACGUCAUGGACAGCAGGAGAGACGGAGGAGCAGCAGCAGCUGGUCACCAGGCAGAAAGAGGUGGUCUCAGUUCGGUGUUAAGGGACCUGGUCAAGCCUGGAGAUGAGAACCUCCGGGAGAUGAACAAGAAGCUUCAGAACAUGCUGGAAGAGCAACUGACCAAGAACAUGCACCUACAGAAGGAUCUGGAGGUGUUGUCUCAGGAGAUUGUGCGUUUGAGUAAAGACGCCGGCCCUGCCGAAGGCCCAAAGGCCAUGGGCUAAGACUGAACACACCUCCCAGCCUCUCAGUCAAAACUCUUCCUCCACUAGCUCAUCUUUCCAUGGCUGCAGAGAGAAUGUUGCACCUACUCAAGACACAAACUGGAAGACUGACUCGAACCUCACGCAAACCAGGAGGAAAAGGAGUGUGUCCAUUCGCAAGUCCUGUACUACUGAAUGUAUUUACACUGUAAACACUCUGUGUCUCGUUUUAGUCUUCGAUGCUGCGAGAGCUGGAUGGGUCGCUUGCUAGCUGCCCCCGACCGCUUUGCGUCAUUGAUUCUUUGAGCUCGGGGAAGUGGUGCAGCCCCACAGGACAAAAGUACAGACAAAAUUCAAGCUGCAAGGUGGCUUCUACCAUUGUUUUUAGCUAUGUGAUGUAUGUUUGUCCAUUUUUGUGUAAAUCUGACCUUGAAGGGGCUUCCCCCAACCCUCUACCCACCAGAAGAGAGGCUGCGGUCACUAACAGCUCCCUCACGGCUCCCACUGUUUGCCUGUAUUUGUCCUGUAUAUCUGCUUCUGUUUUCUUUUUUACCUGUUCAUAUGUUUGACUUGUGUAAAUAUGAACACGGAAAAGAUAAAAAUAGUAAUUUAUUAGUUCUAUACAUUUAUAGUAGGACAAAUAGCAAGACUGAAAGUAUCGCGAGGAGAGAUUUGCUGCUUUGUGCCGCAGUGGAGUUGGAGGAUGAAGUUGAGCUCAUUAAGUGGGAUGAGUUUGGCUUAGUUCAUUAUGUCAACACGUUACAGUUUUUGGCGACAUGCGAGUGCUUGUAACUGCGCCGAUAAUUGUCUGAGCAUUUCGCACGUCUGCUCAGAGCGCUGCUACGAAGUAAAAAAGCGCCCCAUGGCCUUCCUUCUCUAACCAGCACCCCAAUCUGUUGUCUCUAUUUCUCUCUCUCUUACACUCUGUUUUUUCAAGGUCCAACCCAGUUCAGCCUAUUUCAGCUGUUUCUAAUCUGCAGCCUCCAAACAAGCUUUGAAUGUUACAUCAUUCCACUUUUAAAUAUUCAACUUUUUUUGAAAGGAAAGCAAAGGAAGAGGGCAUUUUAUUUGUACCUGUUAAAUGGAGAACGUUGGAGAACUCUAGAGUUUUUGAGACACUACAGUUUGAGCUGAGCUCAGACAUAUGCUCUUUUAAGACCAAGAAACUUUCCAAUUAUUUCCUGUGUACUUCGCUGUCCGCAGCUUAGCCAUUCCUGUGUGCGUAACAAAAGCUUGCACUGACAUGCUCAUCUGUUGACCUAUUCAUGUCCCACCCACAAACUCUGCCUUCGUAGCAACUGUCGUGAGGUUGGACAAGCUUUGCAGAACGUUGGAAAAGAAGAGCAGUUUACACGCUUAAGAUACUCGUUGAUAUUUCUGAAUCUGAGUACCUGAAUCAAAAUCACCCUUAAAAACUGUUAUAUAAUAAAAAUGAUAAUAGCAUUUUUUAGUUGUCUGACGUAACAGAUAUGCUUCCCAUUUGCGCUAGACGUGCAUCUUCCUUAAAAAAACCAAAUCUUCUGACUUGAAUGGCAUGAAUUUAUAAUGAACUAAGUGAACUAAACCAGCUAUAAUUUGUGUAUUUUGAACAUUUUCCAUAUAUGAACAAUAACUGUUCUAUCUAAAGGCCUUGUAUUUUGUAUGUGGCUUCUGGAUACUACGUAGAGAAGCUAAUACCGACUUAAAAGUACCUCAAGUGUUUGGAUUAUUCGAUCCCCAAGUUUGGAGUUUAAAUUCACUAAAUUUUAUUGAGCCUGUUUACACCUUGUGUUAAUGUGGGCUUUGUGUAUGGAUCACAUCUGGAUAAACUUUGGAAGGAUUCACUAAAUUGCACCCCCAGUUUGACCAGAUGGGAUUGCAGUUUUCCAGUGUAAAAAGCUUUACUUUUUAGGUGGACGUGCUUGGCUUGAACACUUUAAUCAGCCAAGAGUGCCAACUUCAGUCUCACGCAUCCUCCAUCUUUUGUUUUGUUUUGUUUUUUAUCCUCUCAUCCGCUAGUCAGUGCUGGGCAGACGCGUUUCCCCUUACAUAACUGUAUAUGGAUAACGAAGAAACAUUCCGUUUACAGUUGUCUUAAAUGCAGUCAAGAUCUGUCUCUGACCACCACUGAAUGUGGUUUGAGUAAUCCAGUUGUAUUCUGAUUGGGUUACUCAAACGUCCUGGGGGGUGUUUCCACCUGGCUUCUCAUGAAGUGAAAUCUGAAAGUGAUCUGAUGACUGAAAGCACAUGUUAAUGCCAGGUGUGAACAGGCCCUCUAAACCAUGUGGUUGUACCUAUCUGAAACUAGGCAGGUUGGAAACAACAGUAAAUUUGCCUCCAUGCUAACAUGACCUUGAUUAGACACCAGUAACACACCUGAUCUGUUCACAGUGUGACUGUUCAUAUGUACACAAGAAAACAGUUGUUUUUCUGUAUUUUCACAAAAACCUCUGCACCAGUUUCUCAUUAGGUUGAAUAGGAUUUUUGCCAGUGUUCCACAAAGUCUGUCCAGUUGCUAUGAAAGAACGCAUUGUGGGUGGAGCAUGGAUGGGUCUGUUUUGCCUUUCCCCAUAAGUACACGAACAAACAAUGAAUUGUUUUUAUGACUCAAAUUAUGCCCACAUAGCCUGUGAAGUGGCUGUUGAUUGUUCGUUAUUAAAGGAUUCUGCAAUACUGAAUUAUUUUGAUGACGCAGGUGAGUGGGAGGCUUAUAACGUCUAGCAGUAAAGCUGUUAGUUAACUAAGCAGUAGGCCUGACAUAUUUAUUCAUCUGGUUAAACCCAGUUGGCUUAGUGAUAUUAGUCAGAUGUGGGCAGUCACUAAUCUGUAAUGUUUAUUCUGGGUGCUUUUGAAAACACGAAUUUUGUUUCAUGCCUAAUUUUGAACUUUUACUCUCUGUAUUUUGAUUUGAUACUAUUUAUACAUAAUCAUUUGCAUGUUGGAUAUGUAUGUAUGUAUGUAUUUUAAAUUCUUUGCUUGGACACUAAUCAAAAUAGGCAUCUUAUCGAAACCAUCCGUCAUCUAAUGUAGAUCAGACACAUUAUUUAUACUGUAUUAUGGUGAAUGGCGAAAUGACCAGCUCUUUUUACUUGUGAUAAGACGUUCACCACGAACAUAUCGUUAGUGAUUCUUUCGUGUUAUUCUGCGUUGAAAAUAUGCUCUGCGUUUUCUUUGCCUUUUGAUUUUAUAAAGCUGUUAAAUCUGCCAGAUAAUCUAAACAGGGAUGUCAUUACUAACUCUUAGCUUAAAGUGAAACAACAGUGCUUUUAUCAACAUCUCCCCUGAAACUCGGUUUUUAUUUAUUUAUCUGUUUGUCACCUGUCUUGUUCAGCGAAGAAAUUUCCCUUGACUUCUUGCAGCGUUAAUAAAGAAUGGCUGGAAACUAA